AUGCCGAUCCCUGCUGCCAACAUGGUAGUAGGAGAAUAUCGUCUCUACCACUAUGAUCCUUCAUUCCCGGCCGCGGUCGCUGCCACCGCUUGUUUCGGGGUCUUGACAAGCAUACAUUUGGUUUAUUUUAUUGCCCGACGAACUUGUUCUUUUACACCAUUUAUCAUCGGCGGCUUGUGCGAAACCAUCGGAUAUGUUGGACGAAUACUGAAUAGUCGAGAGACUCCCGACUGGACGACAGGCCCGUAUAUCAUGCAGACGUUGUUACUCCUGGUCGCCCCCGCGCUCUUCGCAGCAUCCAUAUACAUGAUCUUAGGACGGUUGAUCCAGUUCGUCGAUGGGGAUUCAAGAUCCAUAAUCCGAGGUCGAUGGAUCACGAGAAUAUUCGUUGUCGGCGAUGUUAUCUCCUUUCUUGCACAAGGCGGUGGCGGAGGCGUCCUGGCGCAAGCAGACACUAAGGACAAACAAGAUCUGGGAAACUGGAUCAUAAUUGCAGGGUUAGCAGUACAGAUUGUCUUCUUCGGGCUGUUCGUGAUCGUCUCGGUAAUCUUCCACAUCCGGAUGGUGAACAGUCCUACGCAGCGGUCUGUUGACCUGCGAGCCCCUUGGAGGCGAUUCCUGAUUGUACUAAACGGACGGCACUCUCCAGUCAAAAGAGUUUUGGCUCUAUGUGUUCGACGGACUAUUGAUGUUUCUGGUAAUGGUGGUCUUGCUGUUGCAUCAUCCCAGCCAGAUCGUGACCAGGAGUCGAAGGACGAGUCCACAUGGACGUCGGAAAAGAAGGAGACGUCAUUCUCGCAAAAGACGUCCGGUUGGUGA